UAAAUAAUAUGUUCAUCAGCGAUUUUAAAAUUUUUUGUUUUAUUCCUUGUAUUUUAGAUUGACUUUCCAUGUGAAUGAUAGGAUACAAUCAGAGAAGGAUUGGCAAGAAAGUGUCCAUUGGUAGGGAAGAGAACCGGAGCAACUCAUUCAAGAAUAAAUCUCAAGAUCAUGAUGGUAUUUCUCUCAAUAUGUCUGGUCGUGGUAAGAAGGUCCAGAAAGGUCCAGCAGCUGGUAAGGCCUCCAGAUCGUCCAAGGCAGGGCUCCAGUUCCCAGUAGGCCGUAUCCACAGGUUCCUGAGGAAGGGAAACUACGCUGAGAGGAUUGGAUCUGGAGCCAGCAUCUAUCUAGCUGCCACCCUGGAAUACCUGUGUGCUGAGGUCCUGGAGCUGGCGGGAAACGCAGCCAGAGACAACAAGAAAUCCAGGAUCCUGCCCAGACACAUCCAACUGGCUGUCAGGAAUGAUGAGGAACUAGCCAAGCUGUUUGAUGGGGUCACCAUUGCAGAGGGAGGUGUCCUGCCAAAUAUCCAAGCAAUCCUACUGCCAAAGAAGACUGGAAAAGGAGCGUCCUCACAAGAACCCAAAGUUGCAGAGUCUCAAGAGUUCUGAAUUGUUUUAAUAGACUUUCCCCAGCCCUUAUUUAUUUGUAUUCUACUGCUUUUAAGAUGUUAAUGUGUAACUUUUUAAACUUUUAU